CCCGGACGGACGUGGAGCUGUCCAGCAGGGGGAAGGAUGGAUUCCAAAGAGGAGAGCUCACACGUGUGGCCCACAUCUGCAGAGCACGAAGAGAAUGCCGCACAGGUGCACUUUGUUCCUGACGCUGGAACCGUGGCUCAGAUUGUCUACACCGAUGACCAGGUUCGUCCGCCCCAGCAGGUGGUGUACACGGCAGAUGGUGCCUCCUACACUUCAGUGGACGGGCCUGAGCACACACUGGUGUACAUCCAUCCUGUGGAAGCCGCACAGACUCUGUUUACAGACCCAGGGCAGGUAGCUUAUGUCCAACAGGAUGCUACAGCUCAGCAGGCCUCAUUACCGGUGCAUAAUCAGGUGUUACCUUCCAUUGAGGGUGUGGAUGGUUCAGACCCUUUGGCAACUCUGCAGAACCCUAUGGGCAGACUGGAGGCCAAAGAGGAAGAAGACGAGGAUGAGGAUGAAGAUACGGAGGAAGAUGAGGAGGAAGAUGGUGAAGACACGGACCUGGAUGAUUGGGAACCAGACCCCCCAAGGCCCUUCGACCCGCAUGACUUAUGGUGUGAGGAGUGUAAUAAUGCACAUUCCUCAGUGUGUCCGAAGCACGGCCCCUUGCAUCCCAUCCCUAACCGGCCUGUGCUCACCAGAGCCAGAGCGAGCCUCCCCCUGGUCCUCUACAUUGACAGGUUCCUCGGAGGAGUGUUCUCCAAAAGGCGCAUCCCCAAGCGCACCCAGUUUGGCCCUGUGGAGGGUCCCCUCGUCAGGGAGUCUGAGCUGAAAGACUGUUACAUUCAUCUGAAGGUUUCUCUUGAUAAAGGGGACAGAAAAGACCGAGAUUUGCAUGAAGACCUGUGGUUUGAAUUAUCUGAUGAGACUCUGUGUAACUGGAUGAUGUUUGUACGUCCAGCCCAGAACCACCUGGAGCAGAACCUGGUGGCUUACCAAUAUGGCCACCAUGUGUAUUACACCACGAUAAAGAACGUAGAGCCCAAACAAGAGCUGAAGGUGUGGUAUGCUGCAUCCUAUGCUGAGUUUGUGAACCAGAAAAUUCACGACAUUUCUGAGGAAGAAAGGAAAGUUCUUCGUGAGCAAGAGAAGAACUGGCCCUGCUACGAAUGUAACCGCCGAUUUAUAAGCUCGGAGCAGUUGCAACAGCAUCUCAAUUCCCAUGAUGAAAAACUGGAUGUGUUUAGCAGAACAAGAGGCAGAGGAAGAGGACGAGGCAAGAGGCGAUUUGGCCCUGGUCGACGACCAGGACGCCCUCCAAAAUUUAUCCGUUUGGAAAUAACCAGUGAAAAUGGGGACAAGUGUGACGACGGGACACAGGACUUGCUACAUUUUUCCACCAAGGAACAGUUCGAUGAGGCUGAGCCAGCUACUCUGAAUGGGCUAGAUCAACCGGAACAGACCACCCUCCCCAUCCCUCAGCUGCCACAGGAAACCCAGCCUUCUCUGGAGCACGAGCCAGAAACUCAUAGCCUACACCUGCAGCCCCAGCACGAGGAGAGCGUGCUACCCACCCAGAGCACUCUGACGGCCGAUGACAUGCGCAGAGCCAAGCGUAUCCGAUUGGAGCUGCAGAACGCAGCUCUUCAGCAUCUGUUUAUUCGAAAGUCCUUCCGGCCUUUUAAGUGUUUGCAAUGUGGGAAGGCCUUCCGGGAAAAGGACAAACUGGACCAACAUUUGCGUUUCCACGGGCGGGAGGGGAACUGCCCGCUGACGUGUGAUCUCUGUAACAAGGGCUUCAUCAGCAGUGCGUCCUUGGAGAGCCACAUGAAGCUCCAUUCGGACCAGAAGACUUAUUCUUGCAUUUUUUGCCCAGAAUCCUUUGACCGCCUUGAUCUGUUGAAGGAUCAUGUGGCCAUUCAUAUCAAUGAUGGCUGCUUCACUUGCCCAACUUGUAAGAAACGAUUCCCAGAUUUUAUCCAGGUGAAAAAACACGUGCGAAGCUUCCACUCAGAAAAGAUCUACCAGUGUACAGAGUGCGACAAGGCGUUCUGCCGGCCUGACAAACUGCGCCUGCACAUGCUCCGACAUUCGGACCGCAAAGAUUUCCUGUGUUCCACGUGCGGGAAACAAUUUAAGCGGAAAGACAAGCUACGGGAACAUAUGCAGAGAAUGCACAACCCUGAGAGGGAGGCCAAGAAGGCUGACCGCAUCAGCCGCUCCAAGACGUUCAAGCCUCGCAUCACGUCCACGGACUAUGACAGCUUCACGUUCAAGUGCCGCUUGUGUAUGAUGGGCUUCCGGAGACGAGGCAUGCUGGUAAAUCACUUAUCAAAGAGGCACCCAGACAUGAAGAUCGAGGAGGUGCCAGAGCUAACCCUCCCCAUCAUAAAGCCCAACCGCGACUACUUUUGUCAGUAUUGUGAUAAGGUUUACAAAAGUGCCAGCAAGCGAAAAGCCCAUAUUCUGAAGAACCAUCCAGGGGCUGAGCUCCCACCGAGCAUUCGCAAACUCCGUCCAGCUGGCCCGGGAGAGCCAGACCCCAUGCUGAGCACGCACACCCAGCUCACGGGCACAAUAGCCACCCCUCCUGUCUGCUGCCCUCACUGCUCCAAACAGUACAGCAGCAAGACCAAGAUGGUACAGCACAUUCGGAAGAAGCAUCCAGAGUAUGCCCAGCUCCCUAACACCUUACAUCCACCACUGACAACAGCUGUGAUCAGUGCUACCCCAGCUGUGUUAACCACAGACAGUGCUACCGGGGAGACCGUGGUGACAACAGACCUCCUGACUCAAGCCAUGACAGAACUGUCCCAGACCUUAACCACAGAUUACCGAACGUCACAGGGGGACUACCAGAGAAUUCAGUACAUUCCCGUGUCUCAGUCAACAUCCGGUCUUCAGCAGCCUCAGCACAUACAGCUUCAAGUGGUUCAAGUGGCUCCGGCCACUUCCCCACACCAGUCUCAGCAGUCCACUGUGGACGUUGGCCAGCUCCACGACCCUCAGACCUACACCCAGCAUGCCAUCCAGGUGCAACACAUCCAAGUCACAGAGCCCACUCCCUCCACCCCCUCGUCAUCCCAGGUAUCUGGACAGUCCUUGAGCCCUGCCUCCCAGCAGUCCCAGCAAGGGCUCAGCCCCUCCCAUAUCCAAGGCGGCGCCUCCACACCAGGCCAGGCUCUCCAGCAGCAGCAGCAGGGUUCCUCUGUACAACACACCUACCUGCCCAACACUUGGAAUUCCUUCCGUGGCUACUCGUCAGAGAUUCAAAUGAUGACACUUCCCCCAGGUCAGUUCGUGAUUACAGACAGUGGUGUGGCCACUCCGGUCACCACUGGCCAAGUAAAGGCGGUUACGCCGGGUCAUUAUGUAUUAUCAGAAAGUCAACCAGAAUUGGAGGAAAAGCAAGCUUCUGCUCUCUCCGCCGGAGUCCAGGUUCAGCCAGCUACACACAGUGAUUUGGACCCCCAGACCACCAGCCAGCAGCAGUCCACACAGUAUAUCAUUACAACCACCACCAAUGGGAAUGGGAGCAGUGAAGUGCAUAUCACUAAACCUUAACGUCUACCCUUGAGCUUGAAUCCAGCAGUCACAUCAUGUCUUUUCUCAUCCAUAAGUCUGAAAACUUCAAACACUUGGAACUCUUUUUUUAAGAUUUAUCAUUCGCUCAAGAAUUUGGAAACCACACACUGGGGCUCCUUUUAUCAAGGUCAUCUUUACCAAAUUGACUCUUUAAACCCUAGUUGCUCCUGCCAUGGAAUGGAGAUCUUUCAGGGGAAAGUGGAUUUCAAGGUGGAGAAACUUCGCCUUACUAUUGAGUUGGUUUUUUAACACAUUGAUAGGCCUUACUUUUCCUUUGCGGAAACAUUAAGUGGUGUAUCACAUUUGUACCAAAGGUGGAGAAAGGAUGUGCCAAGUCCAUGGCUACUGGACUUCUUCAUUCCAAGCCAUGGCGCUGAAGGAGAGGGGCAUUUUAUUUGGUCAGAACUGCUUCAUCUUCUGAGUUUGCAUUUUCAGUAAUUUAACAAGGGAAGCCUAUUGAAUAUGAAAAUAAAGAUGAUGAAACAGAGGUUUGACAGUGAUGUUCUGAAGGAAAAACCGUCGUCUAGAUUUUUCUUAUUGCUGAUUUAAAA